AAUCUCGUUUCCCUCCCAGAAAACAAACAAGUUAACGUAGUUGUCGCGUCUUGGGCUGCUCGUCUCUGGCGAUAUUUCACACAAGAAAGAUGAGAUCGCCAGCAACUCUUCUACUAUCUCCCGAUCAAUUGGUUUCCAUGGUGCUGUGAGCUCGCUGUGAUUCAGCAAUGGCUCCGCGCUGGAUCUCUCAUGACCAGACAAGACUGGCCGACCGCACUGUCACUCCGACAGCCACAUCUUGGUGGUAAUCAGUGGAGUACCGCCACUGUCCAUCAAAAUCUUUGACCUCCCGCAUCCACCGCCAGUUCCGUCUCUCUGCAAGCAAAUCACAGGCGCCAUUGCUCAGCUUCUGAGGAGCGGAGCGGAGCCGAGAUGGAGCCCAUCCCUCUGCUGACGCCGUACAAGAUGGGCCAGUUCGACCUGUCGCACCGGGUCGUGCUGGCGCCCAUGACGCGGCAGCGCGCCUACGGCGGCGUGCCGCAGCCGCACGCCGCCCUCUACUACUCCCAGCGCGCCACCCCCGGCGGCCUCCUCAUCUCCGAGGCCACGCGCGUCGCGCCGGCGAGGCGGGACGAGGAGCCGACGUCGUUCAGGGACAUGCCGGGGAUCUGGGCGCCGGAGCAGGUCGAGGCGUGGAGGCCCGUGGUGGACGCCGUGCACGCCGAGGGCGCCGUCUUCUUCUGCCAGCUCUGGCACGCCGCGGCCGGCAACGGCGACGAUGCCAGGGAAAGGCAACAGGUGAGCCCGCAGAUGAGCUACGAUGGCCGCCGCGAGGAGCUGACGUCGCCGAGGAGGGUGGCGCCCGAGGACGCGCCCGGCGUCGUGGACGCGUUCAGACGCGCCGCCAGGAACGCCAUCGAUGCCGGCUUCGACGGCGUCGAGCUCCAAGGCACCAACGGCUACUUCGUCGACGGCGGCGGCGGCGGCCCGGAGAGCCGGUGCCGGUUCGCGCUGGAGGUGGUGGAGACCGUGGCGCGGGAGAUCGGCGGCCACCGCCUGGGCCUGCGGCUGGACCAGUUCACGGCCGAGCCCGAGGAGCACGCGCUGGCGCUCCACGUCGUGAGCCGGCUCAACGACCUCGGCGUGCUCUACUGCCACAUGAUCGAGCCCAAGGUGGACGGCCGGCGCCGUGUGUCCCGGCGGCUGCUGCCGUACAGGGAGGCGUUCGGCGGCACGUUCAUCGCCAGCGGCGGGUACGGGCGGGAGGAGGGCGACGCGGCCGUCGGCGAGGGGUACGCCGACCUGGUGGCCUACGGGCGGCUCUUCCUGGCCAACCCGGACCUGCCGAGGAGGUUCGAGCUGGGCGCGCCGCUCAAUGACUGCGUCAGCGCCACCUUCUACGGCGCCGGAGUCGGAUCCGCCCACCCCGCCGUCGGAUACACCGAUUACCCGUUCCUCGACUGAUCGAUGAUCGACUUGGUUUACCUGAAUGUUGUAUAUAUGCUGAUACGUACUAAUUUUAUGGAGUAUUAAUUACCCUGUAAAUGAUGAUCGACACUCCCUGUUCAAAAAACGCAAAAUAGUGCAUCUUGGACAUUACACUAUUUAAUCGAGCUGUACUCAUUUGUCCUA